AUGGCCAAGUUCAUUCUUGCCACAGGUUUGGCCAUUGUGCUGAAUGUUCAGUUGGGUUCUGCCUACCAGCUGAUGUGCUAUUAUACCAGCUGGGCCAAGGACCGUCCUGGCUUGGGGAGUUUCAAACCUGGUAACAUUGACCCCUUCUUAUGUACUCAUCUGAUUUAUGCAUAUGCUGGGAUGCAGAACAAUGAGAUCACCAUGAUAAAUCCAGAGGACUCAAAGGAGUAUGGAGAAUUAAAUGCUCUGAAAACCAGAAACCCAGAGCUGAAAACUCUCCUGGCUAUUGGAGGCUGGAAUCUUGGAUCUGUCCCGUUCAGUGUCAUGGUCUCUACUGCUCAGAACCGUCAGGUAUUCAUUCAGUCAGUCAUCAAAUUUCUUCGUGACCAUGAAUUUGAUGGGCUGAAUCUGGACUGGCGGUAUCCUGGGUCCCGUGGAAGUCCACCGAAGGACAAGCAUCUCUUCACUGUCCUAGUGAAGGAAAUGCGUAAAGCUUUUGAGAAUGAAUCCACAGAGUAUCGGAGGACCAGGCUGUUAAUUACUGCUACAGUAUCUGGUAUCAUCUCAACCAUUGACUCUGGGUAUAAAAUCCCAGAAUUGUCACAGUCCCUUGAUUAUAUUCAGGUUAUGACAUAUAGUCUUCAUACCCCCAAGGAUGGCUAUACUGGAGAAAACAGUCCCCUCUUUGCAUCUUCAUUUGACCAUGACAUCAGCCCCUACCUCAAUGUGGAUAACAUCAUGUCCUACUGGAAGUACAAUGGUUGUGCUCCUGAGAAGCUCAUUGUUGGAUUCCCAACAUAUGGGCAUACCUUCACCUUGAGGGACCCCUCUGAUAAUGGAAUUGGUGCCCUUACCAGUAGUGCUGGCCUACCAGGGAGAUACACAAACGAAGCAGGAAUUUUGGCCUACUAUGAGAUUUGCAGCUUCCUGAGCCAGGGAGCCACUGAGAAAUGGAAUGCCAAUCAGGAAGUGCCCUAUGCUUUUAAGAACAAAGAGUGGGUUGGCUAUGAUAAUAUCCAGAGCUUCCAGAAGAAGGCUCAGUGGCUCAAGGAGAACAAUUUUGGAGGUGCUAUGAUCUGGACCCUGGAUAUGGAUGACUUCACUGGUACUUUCUGUAACCAACACAAUGAAAAGUUUCCUUUGACUACAGUCUUAAAAACUGCUUUCCAAUUGCUUACAGCAAGUAAGUGAGAGCAGGAUUUUGUUGUUGAUAUAAAAUACCCUUCAUCAACUCAAAUAUAGCAUUGA